UACUCAACCACUACCACCGUUUCGUAGUCCUCCGCCAUGGCUACCACCACAACCGCCACCGUGUCACAUUUUUUCGGGACCUGUAUCCAAAACUUCAACCAAGGCUCCGGUAGAAUUCAAGCUAGGUUUGGCUUUGGAACUAAGAAAGCACCACCACAACCCAAAAAAGCAGCCCCGAAACCGCCUUCCGAUCGCCUUGUUUGGUUCCCCGGAGCGAACCCGCCGGAAUGGCUCGACGGGACAAUGAUCGGAGACCGAGGGUUCGACCCUUUCGGGCUCGGUAAACCAGCGGAAUACUUGCAGUUCGAUUUGGACUCAUUGGACCAGAACUUGGCCAAGAAUGUGGCUGGUGAGGUCAUAGGGGUGAUUAACGAGACGGCGGAGCUGAAACCGACGCCGUUUCAGCCGUACACGGAGGUUUUCGGGUUGCAAAGGUUUAGAGAGUGCGAGCUGAUUCAUGGGAGAUGGGCAAUGUUGGGUACUCUUGGUGCAAUCGCUGUUGAGGCACUCACCGGAGUUGCAUGGCAAGACGCGGGAAAGGUAGAAUUAGUGGAAGGGUCUUCUUAUCUUGGGCAACCACUUCCAUUUUCGUUGACCACAUUAAUAUGGAUUGAGGUAUUGGUGAUUGGUUACAUUGAGUUCCAGAGGAACGCAGAGCUUGACCCAGAGAAGAGGCUGUACCCUGGUGGCUAUUUUGAUCCACUUGGGUUAGCCUCAGACCCUGAAAAAAUUGAUAACCUCAAACUGGCUGAGAUCAAGCAUUCAAGGCUUGCCAUGGUUGCUUUCCUCAUCUUUGGAAUCCAGGCUGCUGUCACUGGAAAGGGUCCUAUCAGCUUCAUUGCUACCUUUAACAGUUGAUCAUCAUAUAUGGUUUUUUUUGGUGUGUGUG